UGGGUAAUAUCGAGCGCGCACGUGUGACAACACUAUGGCGGGUCUAGAGUUGCUGUCGGAUCAGGGAUACCGCUUAGAUGGUAGAAAACCAUCCGAACUGCGGAAGGUGCAGGCUCGUAUGGGAGUUUUUACCCAAGCCGACGGGUCAGCGUACAUUGAACAAGGAAAUACCAAGGCGUUAGCGGUGGUGUACGGCCCCCAUGAGGUGCGUGGCUCCCGCAGCAAGGUGCUCCAUGACCGGGCUGUUAUUAACUGCCAGUACAGCAUGGCCACCUUCAGCACGGCGGAGAGGAAGCGCCGGCCGCACGGGGACCGCAAGUCCAGCGAGAUGAGCCUCCACCUCAAGCAGACCUUCGAGGCGGCCGUGCUGACUCGCCUCUAUCCGCGCUCACAGAUCGACAUCUUCGUCAAGAUCCUGCAGUCGGAUGGUGGAAACUACAGCGCGUGUGUGAACGCAGCCACCCUGGCGGUGAUCGACGCUGGCAUCCCGAUGCGUGACUACGUGUGCGCCUGCAGCGCUGGCUUCAUGGAGAACACGGCAGUCGCGGACCUCUGCCAUGCAGAGGAGAGCGGUGGGGGCACGGUCAUGUCGUUGGCGCUGCUGCCACGAGGCGGGCAGAUCGCCCUGGUGCAAAUGGACGCCCGACUGCACCAGGACCACCUGGAUACUCUGAUGGAGGCCGCCAUGACUGCCUGCCGCAGCUUGGGCCAAGUGCUGGAUGGGGUUGUUCGACAGCACCUGCAGGAGCUGUCUGUCCUGACGGGGGAGUGAGCAGUGCAGGGUUCAUAGUAUCAGAUCCUGUGGAACUGAAAAAGGAUGGUUGAAUUUGAUUGUGAUGGAAAGAAUUGAUUGAUGUAUAAAGAAAACUAUUUAACAGCUCUUUAUAUGUGGUACCCACAGAGGAGGGCAUUUCUACUUGUCUAGCUAUAGACUUCCUGUGUGAGGACCCCUGCUGGUGUUCAGCAUGCUGCCUGAUCACAAAGACCCACGUACAUUUCUAUCAGCUUUAUUUUAUUUAGCACCAGUACCAAAACUGCAGUCACAGUCUUUAUCCAUGUACCUUAAGACUAAAUUCGGGAGUCAAAAAUAUACAUUAUAGGUUGCUUUAUAUAAAACAGAUUUUGUGAAACUG